GAGAUAUUAUGCCUAAAACCAGAAGAAAUAAUAGUGAUUCUGUUUUGUUAGAUCAUGAUGCAUUUGAAGCUUAUAAUAUGUUUAAUGUUAAUAAUGUUCAACCUGUCAUUUUUGAACCAGAUGAAGAAGAAUCUUUUAUUAAUGAUAUUCAUCAACAAAAUUCAAAUUCAAGUUCUUCUUCAUCUUCAAAUUCUUCAUCUUCUAAUAUGUCACCUACCAAUUUCUCAUCAGCAUAUACUUCAACAUCUUCAACAUCUACAACAACUUUACCUCCAUUCCCAAUAAAAAAGCAGAGAACAAAUUCUUUACCUCAAUUACCUCAAGCAAAAUGUUUUUAUCAUAAAUUACCAAAUAAUUAUAUUCAUCAAACUCCAAAACUUGGAAAUAUUAAAACCAAUGUUAUACCUCAUGAUAAUGAUUUACCCCCUUGUGAUGAUGAAAAUGGUCAUUAUAUUAUUAAAUUACAAGAGAAUUUUGCUAAAAGAUAUACAAUUAUAAGAUUACUUGGUCAAGGAACUUUUGGUAAAGUUGUUCAAUGUUUUGAUAAAAUUAAUCGUGAACAUGUAGCAAUUAAAAUUAUUCGUAAUAUUCAAAAAUAUCGUGAUGCUGCAAAAAUUGAAUUAAGAAUUUUAUCAACUUUAAAGAAAUUUGAUAAUAAAAAUCUUAAUCAUUGUAUUCAUCUUCGUGAAUGUUUUGAUUUUAGAGGUCAUAUUUGUAUUGUAACAGAUUUAUUAAAAAUAAGUCUUUAUGAUUUUCUUGAAUCAAAUAAUUUUAUUGCUUUCCCUGGUUCUCAUAUUCAAGCUAUUUCAAAACAAUUAAUAAGAUCAGUAAGUUUUUUACAUGAUUUAAAUUUAAUUCAUACUGAUUUAAAACCUGAAAAUAUCUUACUUCAUGAUGAUUCAUUUAUUAAAAAGAAUCUCUAUAGUUCAACUAUAGUUGCAUCAUAUUUAAAAUUAAGUUCAUCAUCUUCUCAAUCUAGAAAAUCUCCUAAAUAUCUGAAAAUUUUAAAAAAUCCUUUAAUUCAAAUUAUUGAUUUUGGUAGUGCUAUAUUUAAUGAUGAAUAUCAUUCAUCUAUUGUUUCUACUCGUCAUUAUCGAGCUCCAGAAAUUGUUUUAGGAGUUGGUUGGUCAUUUCCAUGUGAUGUUUGGUCAAUUGGUUGUAUUCUUGUAGAACUUAUAAUUGGUGAACCAUUAUUUAAAACUCAUGAUAAUUUAGAACAUUUAGCCAUGAUUGAAAAAAUUUGUGGUUAUAGAGUUGAUAAGUCUAUUGUUAAAGUUUCAAAACAAAAACAAAAUGAAUGUGGAUUAGAAUAUUUUACUGAUGAAUAUAUUAGACCAAGACCCAAUAUAUUCAAUUAUAAUCAACUGCAUCAACGUAAAAGAACAACAUCAACAUCAAGUUCUUCUUUACCUUCAAGAAAGAGAUUAAGUCAAAUUUAUACUGUAGUUGAUGAUGAUGAUGAAGAUCAAGAUGAAGAUUCAACUUCUUCAGAAGUAUCUGAUCAAACUGAUGAUGAGUUUGGUAUGGGCAAUAAUGAAUAUGAUGGAGAUGAUGAUGAAGAUCAAGAUGAAGAAGAUGAUGAUUUAAUUAUUGAUGAUGAUUCAAGUGAAUUAAAUUCACUCACUUUGAAAUUCCCUACUUCAUCGACUCCUAUGAAAUUUAUUAAUAGUGUCAAUGAAUUGUCCAGAAUUGAUUUGUUUAUCUCUUCCAGAAUUGGUCUCAAAAUAGAUUUAGAUUAUUCAUUAUCUUAUAAUUAUAAGAAGAAUGAACAUCUAAUAAAUUUUGGUAAUUUUACAUUCUGGUGGUUUUUUAUAGAUCUUUUGAAAAAGAUGUUUGUGAUAAAUCCAAAGGAUAGAAUCUCAGCUAUGGAUGCUUUGAAUCAUCCUUGGUUUAAUUUGGGUAUAGAGGAUGAAGGAACCUUGUGACGUUAUUUCUUCUGGUUAGCUUUUAGUUCUUUUCGAUUGUUUUCUUUUCUUUUCUUUACUUUACUUUACUUUACUUUCCUUUAAUUUCUUUUCGUUAUCUUAUUAUUUACUGUUCCUAACUAUAUUUACUUCAAUUACUUUGUGGUAUACGUUACCUUAUUGCUUGAGUUUACUCUUAUUUACUUUAUUGUUACACUUUCUUAUUUUCAGUUUGGGUUUGAAAAUUAUAUUAUUUUUAUUUUUAUUUUUAUUUUUACUACUAUUAUUAUUAUUAUUAUUAUUAUGAUGAUUAUUACAUAUUUUAAAUUAUUAUUAUUAUUACAUUUAUUAGUGUUAAUGGUUUGU